GAGGCCAGGAAGCAGACUGAGCGUGAGGACUCAGAGGGCGGAACAUGCUGCUUCAGCGGCGAAAGCAGCCAAGACACAUGCGGCACUUGUUUUCCGAUGUCCAUCGCUUCUUACAAAAGCAAAUGCUCUCGGAAGAUACAUUGUCUUGGCGAAUGUAGGGGAACCUGGUGCGACACAAAGUGCGUUUUGGGUGCGGCAAGCGAUGAGAACAAGUGUGGCACCGCCUAUCCAAAUGGAAUUGCCGAGAGUGGCACCGCCUGCUCAUCGUCCAGCCAAGGCUGCAAAUCUUGCAACGGC